CCCUCUGGUGGAUUCACAUUUACUCGCACCUUGACGCAUUUUUGUGUCCAUUUUUGAGAGAACACUGGGGAACGUUUAAUCAAUGGAUUAAAACUUUAUUAAAGGGCAUCACCGGCCACAUCCUCCGUGUGAGAACUCCGGCUGCUGUGAAACAAAGCCCGACUGAAGAUGACGUGACGUCGACUCACCUCACCCACGAGGAGCGCAGACAUGGCAGAUGCUUUAAACGCGCUGGUCAGUCAGUCCUGCUUCAACGUUUUACAAGACAAGUUGGAAAGAUGGCAAAGAGAGUAUAAUGUGAUUUCCUGUGAUGAGAAUAUGAAUCGGUGCUGUGAGAUGAUGGAAUUAACUGCCAAAAUCCAAGGGCAGCUUUUUGCCAUCCUUAACUCUGUAGCUGCUGAUGGUCAACACACAGACGGGGUGGCCACGCUAAAAACACGUCUGCUUCCAUGGCUGGGCUCUUGUUUCUUGCCAUCGCGGCCCCCUGUCCACAAAGACGCCGGUUUCAGUGUCUUGCAGGAUUUGACAGAAGAGGAGCGUAAGCUUACAGAGCUCUCUAGCGGCAAGAUGAGCGACACACAGUGGCUGGAGCCUCAGCUGUGCUCCACUCGGCUGCAGUUGGAAUCGCUCCAGGCUGGGCUGGACGAUGGUCACACGGAUCUGAACCAGACAAAAAGCAAAACAGCCACCACUGAGGAUGAACUACAGCAACUGAAAAAGAACUUGAGAGCAGUAUACUUACAAAAUGACCUCUACAAGAAGAAGUUGGAUUCUUGUCACGAUUACGAGCGUCAGAUGUCCAAGUGGAGGAAUGAAAUAUCAUAUCUGAGCUCACAGAGGUCUGAUCACACUGCGACAUGCAUACGGUCCGCAUCCCACAAGCUUUCGUGCCUUAAAUCGCCUUUCCCAGGCUGGCCAGAAGCAACGGUGAGAUCCGAGACGAUGGCAUGCUCGCAGCUCACCAGCUCGUCACGUCUCCUGCGCGUGGUCUCGCGCUUCAGCGACCUGUACAAUGUGGAGCGUAAGGAGGCACAGCUGCAGCUUCAGGGCUACUUGAGCGACUUGGAAACGGUCCAGAGGAUCAUCUUCAUUGCCAUGGUGGAGUCCUUCAAGGCAGCCAAACUGGCUCACCGUCUCUUCAGGCUGCGCGCUCGCAAGACACUCUCAUCGUGUCACUUCGGGCCUGAAAGCCUGGAAGAUACCGUGUUGGACUACAUUGUUCGAAACCAGGACCUCUAUGACGUGGAGAAUAGUGUGGACGAAGUACUCAGCGCUAUGAACCUCAACCCUCGCAUCGCUUCCAUUCCAAAAAUCAACUUCUCCGUGGCGCGCCCCUUAAUUAGGGAGACCUGCAAGCUGGCCUUCACCAUGCAGACGUUGGACCCGCCCAUUGACUUGGCCUUUGCCAGUGAUGGAGAACUUUUCAUUAGCAGCAAGUACCGGCGCAGCCUCGACUCGGACCUCUCGGCCCAGCUGGUCUCCUACCACGUGUGGCCCGCUCUGAUGCAAUGCGGAACCGUGCGUGCCAAGGGCGAAGCCGUGACCAAGAAAGGAACUGUGUGGAGCAGAAGCCCGCUGAGCUUCGUGCGCUCACGCUCUCUCAGUCCAACUCGCAAUCUUACGUUUAACGACAAGAAAAGAUUGUCUCCGGACGCUCUCUCCGCCAGCUGCCUCUGAACUCUUAUUGGAUCCAUGACAGGCCACAGUUUGCGUUAGUGUUGGCUCGUGAGUGAACGAUUCGUUCAAAACGAUUUGUUUCAUAUGACUUCAACCAGUAGAUGUUGGUAACGCGCAUUAAAGCUGGUUCCACCUCGCCGUGAAACAAAACGAAGAAGAAAAUGAUGUCACUUCCCGUUCACGAAGGAGUUGUGAAUUGUAUUUCCCGUUCACCAACGGAACGGAGCUGUGAGUGAACGAGUCAGUGAUUUGCAUUUCCAGUUCAUUGCGAGAACGGAUCAGUGAGGGAACGAAUCCUGACUUUCCCGUUCGCAAACGAGUCAAUGGGUCAACUGCGUUCCUUCCCGUGCAUCAACGGAUCAGUCCGUGAACGUGUUGCGUCUCCCGCCUGGCGUGAACUAUGUAAGCCAGAAUGUAGAUUUACGAUUUGCCAAGGAAAGAAAGACCCACUCACUGAAACACCACUUCUUUUAUGCACGUUUUCUCCAAGCGAACGGCUAACUUUAUUGUAACAACGGGGAGAUUAUGCUUCUCUUUGGGUAAUUUCUAUUUUAUAACACUUAUAGUAGUUCUUAACGUGUAUGCAUAUAUACGCAUAAAUAUUGUUAUCCAAUAUAUCUACUGCAAUUUCACAUUAGAUUGCUGGUUUUAAAUUUACUUUUGUUAUUAUAUUAUAAUAAUAUUUAUGUAUUAUUAUUAUUACGUUUUCGAACAGUGAUGUAUAUUGUUUGUU